UGGCUCCGCAUCAUAGUUUUUUUUUGUAAUCUGUGAUGUUCACAUGUAUGUAAAUCGUCAAUAUUUCUAAUUGGAAUAUUGUCUUUUACUGCAUGUGGAAUCGUUUCAUUUACUAACUAGUCGUUAGGUUAUGUCUAGUAAUAGUGUUAUCAACACAAAAAUGCCCAUCGGCUCCACGAAUAAUAAUUCUAGCAGCGGUAACAGCUCCUCCGCCAACCAGCCAUCUUGUAACAAUAGUAAUCUGAGAGGAGAUCGUAAUUCUUCAGUCUCCUCCAACAAGAAGGAUGGCCAGCAGCAGCAACAACAACAACAAAAUUCUUCAGGUAUAACUUCUCCAGUUUCAUCGUCCGUUACAUCAAUGAAUCAACAGCAACAACAGUCUUCUGAUACUGCAAAUAGCAACGCAAACAAUGAAGAUAACCGAGGAGGAGGAGAACAACAACAACAACAACAACAACAGCAGCAAUCCGGUCGGAAACGUUCUUAUUCUUCGGAUGAUGCCGAAACCGCAAAUAAUUCGGCCACUACAUCCACCACAUCUGCUCAGAUGUCCACCUCGUCUGUGUCGAUUUCUGACGGCGCCGAUAGUCGAAGGACUAGCCGUCGGAAGAAAGCAAGGGUGAGUGAACCGGUUGAAUACAAGGAAAUGGAUGAGCAGUUGGCAAAUUUAUCUGAAGAGGACUAUGCUUCAGAAGAAGAAAAAGAGAAGAAAAAUGAAAAGGAGAAGGAGAAAAUGAAGACUGAGGAGCCAGAAGCAGAGAGUGAAAACGAUGAUCCAACAGUUGCUAUCUCAGGUUUAGAAGGAGCUGCUUUUCAGAGCCGACUGCCUUAUGAUAAAAUCACUUCUCAAGAAGCAGCAUGUUUUCCAGAUAUCUUACAGGGGCCACCAACAUCUCAGAAGAUAUUUCUCUAUAUACGCAAUAGACUGCUCCAGUUGUGGUUGGAAAAUCCUAAAUUACAAAUCACUGUUGAAAAUUGCCUACCUCAGAUAGAACCACCCUACAAUAGUGAUGGUCCUCUAGUAAUGAGAAUUCAUGCCUAUUUGGAUCGAUAUGGUUAUAUAAAUUUUGGAGUCUUUAAAAGACUAAAACCAUUACCAGUAAAGAAACAUGGUCGUGUGGUAAUUAUUGGUGCUGGAAUGGCUGGACUGACUGCAGCUCGUCAACUCAUUUCAUUUGGAAUGGAUGUCACAAUUGUUGAGGCCCGGGAUCGUGUUGGUGGUCGAGUUGCUACAUUCCGAAAGGGUAACUAUGUUGCUGACCUUGGUGCUAUGGUUGUGACUGGAUUAGGUGGGAACCCUAUCACUGUGUGUAGCCGUCAAAUAAACAUGGAGCUCCAUAAAAUCAAACAGAAGUGCCCUCUGUAUGAAAGUAAUGGAGCUACCGUAAGUGUCCCUAAAGAUAAAGAUGAGAUGGUUGAAAGAGAAUUUAACCGUUUGUUAGAAGCUACAUCCUAUCUCUCUCAUCAACUUGACUGCAAUUUCAUCAAUGGCAAACCUCUAUCACUUGGCCAGUCAUUAGAGGCUGUUAUUAAGUUACAAGAGAAACAUGUAAAGGAAAAGCAGUGUGAACACCAGCGAAAUAUCAUUGAACUGCAAGAAAAACUCAGGAAAAAUCAAACUUUGAUGGUUGAAUGUAAAGAAAGAGUUGAAGAUCUGCAUCGCCAAUGGAAAACAGCCUCUGAGUCCAAGACUCCAAGAGAUAUCACUGCUGACUUCCUUGUAAAAAGUAAACUUCGAGACCUCAAUGCAGUCUGCAAGGAAUAUGAUGUUCUUAUUGAACAACAGAAAGAAAUUGAUGAAAAAUUACAAGAACUUGAAUCAUCUCCACCAAGUGAUGUUUAUCUUUCCUCUCGUGAUCGUCAAAUUUUAGACUGGCACUUUGCCAAUUUGGAAUUUGCCAAUGCCACACCAUUGUCUACUUUAUCUCUGAAACACUGGGAUCAAGAUGAUGGUUUUGAGUUCUCUGGAAGCCACCUCACAGUAAGGAAUGGUUAUUCUUGUGUUCCUGUGGCACUAGCUGAGGGGUUAGAUAUUAAACUGAAUACAGCAGUGCGACAGAUCCGCUAUUCUGCAACAGGUGUUGAAGUAACAACAACGAAUGCUCGAAACAGUAGUAGCAAUUCAAUGACCUUCAAAGGAGAUGCAGUUCUUUGCACCUUACCUCUGGGUGUGUUGAAGGAUUGUGUUCGUGGCAAUGGUGUCAAUGCUGUUCAAUUCUCACCACCUUUACCGGAUUGGAAAACUGCUGCUAUUCAGAGACUUGGAUUUGGCAAUUUAAAUAAGGUUGUAUUGUGCUUUGACCGAAUGUUUUGGGAUCCUAAUGCUAAUCUAUUUGGACACGUUGGUAGCACAACAGCCAGCCGAGGAGAGUUGUUCCUGUUUUGGAACCUGUAUAAAGCUCCAGUGCUACUGGCUCUUGUUGCUGGAGAAGCAGCUGCUAUUAUGGAGAAUGUCAGUGAUGAUGUUAUUAUUGGACGUUCAAUUGCUGUUCUAAAAGGAAUAUUUGGCAAUAAUGCUGUUCCUCAGCCCAAAGAAACUUUGGUGACAAGAUGGCGAGCUGACCCAUGGGCACGUGGUUCUUAUUCAUAUGUUGCAGCUGGAUCAUCAGGUAAUGAUUAUGACUUGAUGGCAACUCCAGUUUGUCCAAACUCAGCUGCAACUGGUGGCCCACCACAACCAGGAAAUCUACCUCGGCUUUUCUUUGCUGGUGAGCACACCAUUCGCAACUACCCUGCUACUGUCCAUGGUGCUCUGUUGAGUGGAUUCCGAGAAGCUGGCCGUAUUGCAGACCAAUUCCUUGGAGCUCCUUAUGCCCUUCCACAACGACCACCAGUAGCAACACAUGUCACUUGAACUCCAUGUUCUUUAAAAAAUCAAACAGUUACUCUAUGAAAAAAGUAAAAAGGAUGUUUACUGAUCCAUGUUUGCUAAACUUUACAUUUUCAUAUUCACAUUUUCACUCCACAAAUGUAAAUGUCCAAACAUUAUAAUUUUUUUUUAAUCUUUAAAAACCACACGUUUUGUUUUGUUUUUAUAAAAAGCAGGAAUUUGUAUUUUUGUUAAUUUAGAUAAUCAUUAUCACCAGCCCUUGUUUACCUGAACAGAAGAAACUUGAAUGUAAAUUUGUUUUAAAUGGAUAGUUUUGGUUUGAAAAUUUAAUCCAAUAAUUUCUUCAGUAAUCUUCACAAAUUUGUCUCAUCCCAUAGAUGGUUUCCAUAAUUAGCAAACCAUGUGCAACCUUUUUAAGGAGACCUGGUUUGUAUUGUCACUAAUACUUUAUCAUUUGCAUUCAGUCAUCCAUAACUCCCACUGGAUCAUUUUCUUCAUCUGUGUGUAUGCAUGUGUUUGUGUUUACUUUUGUUUUCAGAUUUGAAUUCAGUUUUUCUAAGGCCUGCAUAAACUGAGUUUAAAGGGGAAAAAUAGCAGCUGUUGAUUUAGUGGAAAUCAUUACUUGGAAUGAAAUUUCUGAUUUAAAGUUAUAUGUAUGGUGAUGAUGAUGUAUAUACAAAGAAUGUCUUAAUUCCAUCAUAUAUCAUUUUACUCAAUCUGAAAUCCAUUGCUAGAUUGAAUUCUAUUAAUUUGAAAUCUCUAUUUCAUUCCUAGCAAUGUUGUUAUUGUCUGAAACUCAGGAAGCUGAAUUUGGAGAACAGACUGCAACAGCAGUUCAGCACUUCUUUCUCCGCAUAAAUUUUAUUUAUUUAUCCAUCCAUUUCACCUAAAAACCUUGACAUAAUUUUGAAUUCUCAUCUCAUUAUAGUUUCCAUAUAUCACUUGUGAGACAGGACCAGCCCUUUGGCAUAUUGUAAACUUUGUUGUCUAUAAUCAACUCCCUAUCAGUGAAAUAUUUAUUUUCUGAUGGAUUUCAUUUUUCCAAUUUUGCCGAAUAAAAGGAAAAGCUUUUUUUAUA